GACUGACUGUUCAGUUCUGGUUCUGUAAUUUAGGAUUGCUGUCUUUGAAGCUCGUCUGUGCCGUUUUCUCUAUGAUCUCUGCGACUCUUCUCUGAUCCUGCAGAUGGAAAGAAAGAGACAUGAUGGCUGUAGUGGCAAACCAAUGUAGGGUUUCCACUUCAUUAUGAUCUGCUUAUGUCAGAACUGUCAGAGUAUCUAACAGUGGCAAAAGACUGUCAGGGCUGAGAUAAUGAUAGACGGAGGAAGAACUAAGUGUAUGCCAUAACACACAAUGAGUAAAUGAAGAUGAAGGACUGACAGUUCAAUUCUAAUUUUUAAAAUGAGUGGAUAGAAGUUAUACAAAUACAAGUAUUCUUAGCUACAUGUACAUCUAUAGUUAUAUAUUAAUAUAUUGUAAUGAAAUUGUUGUACAUAGAUCAAAUUAUUUCGUUGAUUAGAUUUCAUUUGACCUCCUACGACGGGCAAAAGUUUUGUAUAAAUGUAUCAUCAUAUUAAAGCAGAAUAAGCUAAAAUUUCGAGACCUAAAUACUUCACUUUUUUGUACUGUCUCCUUGAGCUCAUGUCCAAUCACUGCCUUGUAUACUUGUACACCUCUGAUGUUUUUUCUUACCCACUUGUUCUUCUUGUGACCCCAAUUGAAUGCUUCAAUGGUUUGGUUUGACCAAUAGAGGAAACGGCUCUGAAUUUGAGCCUUAAGUGUCCAUGCCAUGGUUGCUUCUAUUGGAGAUAUCUUCUUUCGGAGCAAAGGGAUGGUGGAGAAGUUGCACCAAGAAGAGGCUCUUCAAACUUUCCCCACCUACUUUCUCAUCAAACUACACUAUAAAUAUAUAGUUUCCCUGCAUUAUAUUCUUCAGCUUCAAACCACAAUAGGCUCCCCAGUAAGAAAAGACACAUACCGAAAGGUCAUCACCAUGGCUGCACUCAAGAACUCCUUGUCUUUGCUUGUUCUUGCACUGACAUCCACAAGCUUCUUCCCCUGCUUCUCUGCCCGUCACCUUCUCCAAGCUACCCCCAUGGCUCAGCCUCCACCAUCAACAUUCCCACCUCUUCCCAAAACCACCCCACCGUCACUGCCUUCCCCGCCAUUGCCAAUGCCACCAGCUCUGCCACAGCCAAACACACAGAUACCUUCCUUCCCCAACCCAACACAGACCACCAUCCCAAAUUUCCCACAGGUCAACUUCCCUAAUUUCCCAAAUAUUCCCUUCACACUUCCCACCAACUUCCCCUUCGGCUUCAACAUUCCAAACAUCCCUUUCCUUUCUCCACCUCCUUCAAAAUGAAGCAAAUGACAAUCUUUGCUCUUUAGCUGCCACAAGAGCCUACCUUUCUCCCCUUCCCAGGUUGCUGUUACACACUUUGCUUGCGUCGGUUUGCUUUGAUAUGUAUGUGUAUAAUCCAGCAUCUAUGCACAUGCUGGUAUGUAUCCCAUUCUUUACAGAUGUUGAUGUUGUUGAUGUUGCUGUUGUUGUUGCUGCUGCUGUUUCUGCUACAAUGAGUCGGUUGUUCUUGUAAAAUAUACAGCUUUUUCUACUUGAGUGCUUGCUUUUUUCAA